AUGGCUACCAAAGCUGCCCGCCUCGGCGAAGAGGUGUGGAAGACCCGCGUUGACAAGGUCAAUGCCGAACUCGUCACUCUCACCUAUGGCACCAUCGUCGCCCAGCUGUGCAAAGACUACAACGCCGACUAUGCCCAGGUCAACAAGCAACUCGACAAGAUGGGCUACAACAUGGGCAUGCGCUUGAUCGAGGACUUCCUGGCCAAGUCAAAUUCCGGCUCCUGCUCCAAUCUGCGCGAGACGGCCGAGGUCAUCUCAAAGGUUGGCUUCAAAAUGUUCCUCAACAUCACCCCUGUCGUCACAAACUGGUCCUCCGACAACAAGUCCUUCACUCUUCUCUUUGACGAGAACCCGCUUGCCGACUUUGUCGAGCUGCCCGACGAUGGAAAGGCCCAGGACGAACUGUGGUAUUCCAACAUCUUCUGCGGUGUUCUCAGGGGUGCCCUGGAAAUGGUCCAAAUGCAAGUCGAGACUCAGUUCAUGAGCGACGUUCUUCGUGGUAACGACACGACAGAGAUGCGCGUCACUCUGAUCCGAUACAUCGAGGAUGAGUUGCCACCGGACGAUGAGUGA